GGUAAUUAGCAUGUUAGUGUCUACACGAGGCUAUAUAUGUAGCUUUCCCAUCCUCCUGCCUCCUUCCCUGAUUCCAAACCCAAAGCAAACAUUUCUCUCCCCCUCUCGAGCUUGAGGAUCGCAACAGGCAUGAAGAUAGAGCUCCUCAAAUCAGCUUCACAAAAUCAAUUAGGAUCACCAACAACGGGGAUGCACCUUGGCAAGUUCUACCAAUCUUCUGCGACUACUAAUUAUCUGUAUGGUAUUUCCGAGCCACCGGAACUCGGAUCAUCUAGUAAAAGUGCCGCAAGUACUGAUCCAAUAUUUCUAAAUCCAUAUAUUGUUGCUUCAACAUCGUCCAUCUCACUCGCGGGCAACCCUGUUCGAGAUUCAGGCAGCAUUGCUUCUGUAGCAGUUCCAGAAUUUACACCUGCAAAUGGAUCAUCAUUGUCGAAUCCAUUGCAGAAAAGAAGCUCCAUGGAUGCGAUGAGAGAAAUGAUUUUCCGCAUAGCAAUGAUGCAGCCGAUUCACAUUGACCCUGAAUCGGUAAAGCCACCGAGAAGAAAGAAUGUGAAGAUGUCCAAGGACCCUCAAAGUGUGGCAGCUAGGCACCGGAGGGAACGGAUUAGUGAGAAGAUCAGAAUUCUGCAGAGACUUGUUCCAGGAGGGACUAAAAUGGACACGGCUUCUAUGUUGGACGAGGCGGCUCAUUACCUUAAGUUUUUAAAAAAGCAAGUGCAAUCCCUGGAGCAAACUGCAAAUAAUAGGCCACUGAAUAAUGCUGGAAUUCCGAUGAUGAUGGCGACAUCAGCUGUAGAUUAUUCUAACUUGGUAAAAGGAUGCCAGCAUCAGUCUGUUCGCCUGGGCUCUAUACAAAUGCUUACUUGAGAGAGAGUAUAAUUUUGGUUAUCUGUGUCUGGUGGAAAAGAUUUGGGGGUUUGUAAAGAAAUGGCUCUUUUUGGCUUGUUUUUAACAUUAUUGACACUUUCUAAAUCUGAAUGCCUUUCUUCUCUUAUUUAGCAAGUCCAAAUUUGGAGGAGGAAUGAAAUCAAGCUCACUUCACUUGUGCAAGUUUCUAUUAUGGUAACAAGCCAAUUAUCGUAUAAUUAAAUUAAGCAACUUCGCUCUUCUAGACUAA